GAAAAGGAAAAGGAAAAAGAAAAAGAAAAACCAAUAAAAGAAGAUAGGAGAAAAGUAAAGAAAUUUGAAAAAGAGAAAGAAACAAUCAAAGGAGAUAAAAAAACUACAGGCAAAGAAAAAGAAAAGGAAGAAUUACAAAAAGAAAAACUAUUAAAGAGCAAAAUAAUAAAUAAUAAUAAUAAUAAUAAUAAUAAUAAUACUAAUAAUAAUAAUAAUAAUAAUAAUAAUAAUAAUAAUAAUAAUAAUAAUAAUAAUAAUAAUAAUAAUAAUUCAAAAGACAUAUUGGAUAAUGAAUGGACAGAAGAAGAAAUAAAAAAACUUAAUGAGAUUAGAAGAAAAACUUUAACUGAAAAAGUAAAUAUGGAUUAUUGGGACAGGGUUGCAUCUAAAAUUGGUACUAAAACUGCGGAGCAAUGUCAAGCUAAAGAAUCAAGCAAAUUCCAAACACCAGCUAAAAAAAAGAAACCAUCAGAAACAAAGAUUACUUCAUCGCCGAUAUCACUAGGAAAAGCAUCACAAAUUAAUACAUUAAAGUUUAAAAGGAAAUUAAGAGAAAUAAAUGAAAAGAAUACAUUAAAACCAAAAGAAAAUCUUUUUAAUGCGACACCAUUUAAAAAAACUAAAAAGGUAUCAUAUGUCGAACAAGAGGAAGAUUCAGAUUUUGAAAAUUUAUUUGACAAUAAUGAUGAAGAAAUUGAAGAUAUUUUUAAAACCACAAAUAAUAAUAAAAAACCAAAAUUUUUAAAAACUAAAAAUAAUAAUAACAAUAACAAUAAUAAUAAUAAUAAUAAUAUAAUGAAUAAACUAUUAGCAAAAGAAGAAAAUCAAAAAUCUACCAAAAUUAUUGAAAAAAUUACAAAUCAGUUAGACGAAAAACAACAAGAGGAUGGUGAAGAAGAAAGUAUAGAUUAUUAUUUCACAGAUUCCGAAAGUGAUGAAGAAUUAGAUAGUAUAUUUUGUUAA